UCACAGUCAUCCUCACCCCGUUCGAGCUACCUGCCAUCCCCAACGGACAGCCCACCAGACUCAAUUUCGUCCCUGCCAUCCAUCGGGUCCUCGUUCUUUUUCUCCUCUGCAGCUGCAAGCCCACCACAUUCGCAUCCUCACUCUGACCAUGCCCGAGACUCCACACAGGGGCUCAUUAUUCCGUCCUUGACACUGCCAGCAGCUCUACCACAACCAACGCAGUACGGCAAGACACUAGGUCGUAUACGACUAUUCAUAACAGGAGAAGGCGCAGAUGAUCAUGACCUUGUGUCCAGCCUACUGCUGGUCGACAAUGAAGACGUGGUUGACCCCGGCAUAUGGGAGGAGACCAACGAAGGGUCUGUUCUUCGGGCAUCCACCGACUGGGUCGAGCACCGAGACCCACACGGCUUGGAGAAAUUCGAGCCUUCUAGGAACGUGGAGAUUGUGACUAGAAAAGUCUCUAAUGUACGUCUCGUCGCUUCCGCCAUACUGCCAAUCAUACAUUCUCCGUUCUACGCAUUACUCGAGAUUAUCGACCCACAUUGCCAGCCGUCUGCUACACUCAUCAGCCUCAUUGCAUCUCCCCAUGCACCAAUAUACACAGCUUUCAUAAUCUUAUCGAAAUCAGCUCCCUCUGCGGAAGAGGACAGCCUAAUUGAUGCACUUGCUACUCACGUCCCAGUCAUUGUAUUUCGCUAUGGACUCGAUCGAAGACGAUUCCCAUCUCGCCCUCACACGUCUUCCUUCUGUCCCUCUUCCGCAAGCGCGCUACGAAAUGGCCUUUUCCGUUCUCCAGAAACUCUCCUGUCAUUGCGAUACGAAGCAGCCGAGCGUUUCCUACACUGGAGGGAAGUCGAGCAUGCGGUCGAGAGUAUCCACACAUCCAAUCGCGAGAUUGCUCACCGCUUCUUGGCAAGUGCGCCUUCGUGGGACAAGGCGAAAUGGCAAGCAGAGUGGGAAUCGCGUCUUUCUCAUGACGUCGCAACUCGGUCACGCGAGGACACUGUUACGAGCAGGCCAGUAAAUACGGUCCACCGACCGGUUCCAUCGAUGGUCGACCCGUUGCAUUUUUCUUCGUUGAUAGCAUUUUCAUUCUCGCUUCUCAAUCCUGCAAAGGCUCGGGUGAUGAAUAGCGUCUCGACUUUCAUGCAAUUGGUCUCGGACUGUCAGGUUCGGAUAGCUAUGGUGGGUAGUUUUUGUAUCGGAGUAGGCGUAGGAUGGAUGUUACGGUGACGGGGUUGGACGUUGGUGCAUUUACGUUGUUCGUGUAGUGGCUUCUUGUGUGUACAUUUACUUCAUCUGGUAUACAGCAAUUGCAUUGUGGCGGACAUUAGAUAUCACAGGUAGCAGUAUAUCCCCAGCGACGAAUAUCGGAGAGAAUUGACCCGUUUCCUUUACUGUAAGCAGUGAACCGAAUCUACAAUCUCUGCGGUCCUUACGACUCUACCUCAAGUACCCGCCGCCUAGGUGCCAAUAUCCCACUUCGGCCCGAGCUGGCAUAUAAGGCCUCUGACUCUCCCAGUUCACCUG